AUGCUCACUCGACCUCGCCUGCGCUUCUUCACAGCUCUUCGAUCGCCUAUAUGCUCACGGCGGCUUGCGACCGAGUCGCGGCUAGCCUCGGACCAUGUUCGCAUCGUUGAAGUCGGUCCUCGAGAUGGACUGCAGAAUGAGAAGCAGUCUGUCUCAAAGGAAACGAAAAUAGAGCUGAUUCAACGACUGGCCAAGACCGGCGUCACCACCAUAGAGGCAGGCUCUUUUGUUCCUGCGAAAUGGGUGCCACAGAUGGCUAGCACUUCGGAAAUCUGCGAACAGCUUCUUACGUCGCCCCCUCCAGCUCAACAUACAAUUGCCUACAACUACCUUGUCCCUAACAUCAAGGGGCUCGAGAGCCUAGUAAAAAUCAUGGAUGAGACAGGGGUUCCGGCUGAUGUGACUGGGGUCGAUUCAAAAGCCGCUACUACUACAGAGAUAUCUCUCUUCGCUGCGGCGACCGAAGCUUUCUCCAAAGCCAACACGAACUGUACUAUUGCCGAGUCCCUUGAACGGAUCAAGCCAAUUGUCGCAUUGGCGAAGACGAAGAACAUUCGGGUGCGUGGGUAUGUCUCUGUGGCUCUCGGGUGUCCUUACGAGGGUCCAGAUGUGAAACCGUCAACAGUGGCCGAUAUAACUGCUACCCUUCUGGAAAUGGGUGCCGACGAGGUCUCAGUCGCCGACACAACGGGCAUGGGCACGGCGCCACGGACGAUGGAACUUUUGCAAGCCCUGAAGGCAGCCGGGAUUGCCAAUACGGAUUUAGCGCUGCACUUCCAUGAUACAUACGGACAGGCUCUGGUGAAUACACUAGUCGGCCUGGAACAUGGCAUCCGGAUAUUUGACAGCAGCGUUGGUGGUUUGGGUGGCUGUCCAUAUUCUAAGGGUGCAACCGGAAACGUUUCGACAGAGGAUCUCAUCCAUACUGUUCACAGCCUUGGUAUGCACACGGGCGUCAGCCUGGAGGAAAUGUCACGCAUUGGGUCAUGGAUUAGUGGGGAGCUUGGUAGGGUGAACGACAGCCGAGCAGGCAAGGCCACGCUCGGCAGGCUUGCAGAGUAA